AUGCAAUCAGUCGAUGAAUUUACACCAUCAACAACAGAACCUGUAUUUGGUAGUGGUUUAGUUUCUCAAACAAAAAGUCAAACAUCAUCAACAACAGAACCUGUAUUUGGUAUUGAUUUAGUCUCUCAAACAAAAAAUCAAACAUCAUCAACAAAUAAUGAAAAUAGUGAUAAUGAAAAAAUAAUUUCAUCUUCAUCAGAAUCUGUUACUAAUGGACCAAAUAAUAAUGAAAAUGUUAUAAAUGAUAAAAUAGAAUCUGUUACAGAAAAUCGUGAUGCUGAUGAUUCAACAGCUGUACAUGUUAAUGGUGAAAAUGAAAAACCAACGGUUGAAAUAACUAAUGAAAUAAAACCAACUGAAGAAUCAAUUCCAAUGGAAACAUCAGAUCAAGUUGAAUCAACAGUUCCAUCAACAACAGAACCUAAACCUAAACCAGUACUAUCAACACCAAUCGAUUUAACUAAUGAAGGUUCAUCAACAACUAUGGAUACAGCACCACCUCCUGCUGUUGAAACAACAACAACAACAAAUGAUAAUGUUCCAGAGGUACCUAAACCAACUGAAUCUGUAGCAACAGAACCGAAGAACAAAUCACCUCGUGGUAAAGCUAAAACAUCUGUUGUAUCACCAACACCAACACGUCAGUCAACACGUGGUAGAAAAACGGCUUCAUCUUCAUCAACAAAUAUUGAAGAAAAUCAGACAAAUGAUGAUACCGGUGCAACAAUAACAACAACAACAAUAAAUCAAAAUGAAUCAUCAAAACGUACAAAACGACAAGCAGCUACUAUUGCUAAAGAUGCUAUAACAGCUAGUAAUCAACCAAAUUCAACAUCAGGUAGUAGCAUUGGAGAUGAUGGAAAUGAUGAAGAUAUGGUUCCAUCUGAUCGUGAUGAAGAUGAUGAUAUAACUGGUAAUAAAAUAAAAAAAUCAUCUCCAACAGGACGUAAAAAACGUGAAACAUCACCAACAAAUGCAACGAGAAAAUCCGAAGGUAAAAAUGUUCAAACACCGCCGAAAAGAGCACGAACAAGUUCACCAAAAAAAACACCUGAACCACCCAGUGAAGAAUAUGUACGAAAAUUACGACCAAGAAAAUAA